AUGUCGUUGUUAGCACCCUCUCAGCAGUGGAUCGUGGGCAUCUGUUCGGUCGUAUUCGACAUCGAUGUGGGGCAGCGCAUAGAGCACCUUGUCCCCGAGGCAUGUCUCUCAAAAGAGGAGCAGCACGAUGUGGCAUUCCAUUCAUUCCCGGACUCGAUGUCUAUGGAGCUGCAUGCUCGAACUUCCAUAAAGGACAGUACCUUCUUCUUCCGGAUAAGGCGGCGAGGCAGCCUGACGCGGAAAGGUCCCUCAGCUUCAGCAGCGCCAUCAACGACGGGGGCGGCGGCGGGGGCCAACCCUGACGAGGGCGGCAGCGGCAACAGUGGCGGCGCAGACGGGCCCGCAGCCCCAGGGCCGCAAGCGGCUACUGCUGCUGCCGAUGCCGAUGCCGAUGCCGAUGCCGCCGCACCGGCAGCCGUGCCUGCGAAUGGCAACGGCUAUGUCGUCCAGGACGAGCAGCCUGGCAGCAGCGGCGGGAGUGGCGAUCACCCUAACGAGGAGAAGUUUCUGUACGGCUUUGUGUUUUGUCGUCAACGCCAGGACGCCUCACUGCGGCGGGGUGGCGAGCAGAUGAGCGUGGUGGUGCUGGCGGAGCACCCCCUGUCCGCGGCGCUGCAGCCUCUGGCGGCGGUAGCGGGACACCGGUACUUUGGCAGCCCGGGCAGGGGGCCGCUGCUGCAGGUGUACGAGGAGCUGCCUCUGGCCUUCACCACCCUCACCGCCCGACUACCCGCGUGGGGCACGCUGCCGUACCCUUCCAACGUCACUGCGGCGGAGCAGUACGGCGGAAACACGUUGCCGUACCUUCGCAGCAACUCCUCCCGUACGCUACUGCUCACUGGCGGCGGCAGCUUUGCCGGCCGAAGCUCCUCAGGCCGGCAGACGGACGACGGCGGCGCCACCUCCGGGACGCUGCCGCCGCCUCUGCCGCCGCCUGGCGGCGGCGGCAGCGGCGCCGUCGGCGCCUACCGCACCUUGAGCGGCAUGUCUGGCGGUGUGAUGCUGUCUCCCGCUAGCAGCACUACCACGACCGCCUCGGCUCUGCUAUCGCCCGCGCCGUCCUUGCCCACCCUGCCGCCGCUGGGUAGUCCGGCGGCGACGGCGGCGGCGUUGGCGGCGUCUCCCUUCCUCAGCUCCUCGGGGGGAGCUCUGUACGACACGUUGCCGGGGGAGGAUACCAAUGGCACCCGGGGAGCCCCGGUAGCAAUCCCUCAGGGGGUCCACCGACGAGUCCCCUCCUCGCCCCAGAUGACGGCCGGGGAGGGGGCCACCAUACACGGCGUGUUCCACGAGAUGGACGUGUUCACGCCCCUCAGCGGCCAUUUGACUCGGCUGUGGCAGCUAUGGGAGAUGACACUGCUGGGCAGGGCGAUGAUGCUCAUUGCCCCCACACCGGGGGAGACGUCGGCGGGGGUGGCGGCGCUGCUCAGCCUGGUGGCGCCGCUGCCGUACGCCGCCGACUUCCGUCCGUACUAUUGCAUCCACGACAUUGCCUUUUCGCGCAUGGCCUCCCUCGGACUGCUCCCCGGUCCCGAGGCCAGGGAUGUGCCCACACUGCUGGGGGUGACUAAUCUGUACUUCAUUAGGGCCCUCCCCCACUGGCCCAACGUGUUGUCCAUUGGCAAGCGGGAGGGUGCGGUGGCUGCCGUACAACCGCCGGGAUCAUUGGCGGCGUCGCUGUCGCGAGCGAAUGCGGCCGUACAGGCUCUCCGGCAGCGCACCCAGGGAGCCUCCAUUCUCAUGUCGGGGCACACGGAGGCCCUAUGGUCCACGUAUAAGGCCCUGUGCCGCCCCGACCAGAACCUGCUGCAAAAGCUGAUGCUCCCCAAGCCGGGCGAUGUGAAGAGCAAGGUGGCGCGGAUCGCAUUCGUCAACAGCGACAUGAUUAGGCGGGUGGGCAGUCCUUCAGCAGCUGUGGAGCUGUACGCCCGCUUCACCUCCUGCCUCAACUUCGCGGCCUGGUUCGCGUCCCGGCGCCGCCACGUGGCUCACCUCAUAGCGCCGGACUGGUCGGACCCGGCGGCAAGUGGGCUCACGAAGCACCUUGACGAGGUGAAGCUGAUCGAGCUGUUCUUCUCAGUGGAGCAGCAGCUGAUGGAGGCGCAGGUGUCCAGGGGGGUGGGGCGGGGUAGGGUUGAGGUGGCGGCUCCCGAUGCCCCCGACGAGGCGGCCGCCACCGUCGCCCGGCUGCAGCGCGAGCUGGCCAUGCUGUUCUUCGGCUGCCGUAUGCCGGAGGAGCUGCAGCUGACGUGCGUGUCCAGUCCCGGGCGGAGAGCGCUGCUGAGCUCGCUGCCACUCAGUGCGGGGCAGACCGCGCGACUGCAGCAACUCAUGGACAUGCUGCAGGUCGGCGGCAGCUAG